UUGCCAUAGAAACCAAACUUGGAUAACAAAAGGAGUGUGCAAAGGGAUUGAGUUGAGAAGAUAGCUUGCAAACAUGGACCUGGGUAUUAUAGGUGGUAGGAGACUUAAUAGGGAAGUAACUGGGCCUACACCUCACUCUGUAGCCAUUAGAGCAAAGCGACCAUCAAAACUACCAAAGGAGCAUCUCAUCUUGGAGACCAGGAAACAACACAAGCUAAGAGAGGAAGCAGAGGCUAUAGUCAGCUACAAUAAACAGUUUGAUCUCAAGACUACUUGGGAGAACGAAACUGAUGCAAAACUCAAAAGAAACACUAUUAAAAGAAGAGUGGAGCACCUCAUGCAACAGCGACAGUAUAGCCUAGAGGAAAGGAGAGACAAAUUGAGAGCUUUAUUGCAAUCAGAGGAAGAACAGUACAUGUCUGAAAUAGCAGUGAAGCAAGAGACAACACUAGAAAGACAAGCAAAGAUGAGAGAGAGAGCAAGACAGCUUCGAGAGCAGAGAGAGCAGCAGAGGCUUGCUCUGGUUGAUGAAAAACUUGAGCAAAGAUGGAGGAAUCAGUGCGAGGAGAUGAGAGCCCUCCUCACUAGAAAGCACAGAGAUGAAGUCUUUACUGACAGAGCUUAUCAGCUGAAGCUGAAUGCUGAGAAAAGGGAAAGAGAGAAGCAAGAGGAGAAAAUGUAUGCCAAGAUGUGGCAGGAGGACAUUGAUGCAAAAUGCAAACGGGAAGAAAUGGAAGAGGCACAAAAAAUUGAAAGGAAUAGACAAAUGCUCAAGGUUCUAACACUUCAAACAGCUGCAAUGGAGAAAAACAAAGAGGAGCUUCGUAAUCUGAAAGAACAAGAAGCUGCACAUUUGAGAGAGGAGGCAGCACUGAGGGUACUGGAAGAACAUCAUGCAAGAGAAGAGAAGAAACGAAGUCAAGAGCAAAGAAGAGCUGAACUUAAUUUAUCACUUCGUCUGAAGUUGAAGAGAAAAGCACGAGAAGCACAAGAAGAAUUGGCCAUGGACAUGAAACUACUCGAAGAGAUGCUUAAGAAAUCAAGCGAUGAGGCCACAGAGCAUCAAGAAAGAAGACAAGAGCUAUGCAGAGAAAUGCAGCAAUAUCGUACUUACUUAGCCGAGCAAAAGAAAGAAGAGGAGAAGAGAGAGAAAGAAGUGGACCAACUCCUCACAAUUGAAGUAGAGAAGCAGUGGGGACAACGCCUAGCACAGUGGAAGAAAGAGAGAGAGGCUAGGAAGAAAUUACUAAAUGAUGUUGUGCAGACAAGACAAAAGCAGAUUAGCGAGAAACUGAAUGCAAUUGCAGAGAGAAAGAAAGAGCUAGCUAAAGAGGCAGAAGAAGUAGCUGCAAAUAUUGCUAAGCAUAAAGAGCUUGAGGAACAAAAUCAGAAAACUUUACGACAGAAAAAUAAAGCUCACCAACAAAAUCUACUGGACCAAAUGAAAUAUCAAGAAAUAAUUAAGAAAAAGGAAGAGCAGGAGCUCCAAGAUGACCUGGAGCUGGCCCAGAGAGAGGAAUACUUGCACCAGAUAAGAGUGAGGCAGGCAGUUCUCAAUCCAGAUCUCAAGAAGAUACACCCACGCAGACUUAUUGAACUUCCAGGGCCACCUUGAGGGUGGGGCUUGUAGUGCAUUUAGAAAUAUAUUGUGUAUAUUCUCAGUUUGUUGUCAGUUUAUUCUCAUUUGAGUGAAA